UACAGUCUCUCUAUAAGAAGAAAUUGAGAGAGAAACUAUUCAGUCGUUUAAACAAUAAUGGCAGUGGAGCAGGACAAGACAAUGAAAAAAUCGAGAAGAUUUUUCUCAUCAUGGAUUCUCUGCUCUUUGAGAUGCUUCCCCUUCAUUACUUCUUCUUAUUCUUCCACCAAGUCAUCAUCCUUAACCCCAUCUCCCACAAAGAACCCAGAAGCUCAAGCACCCAGCGCAAUGGAAGCAGCCCAAUCAACCCAGCAACCUCAGAGAAAGCAUGGUGGCUGGAAGACCAUGCCCUACAUUCUUGGGAAUGAGACGUUUGAGAGGCUAGCGACGCUUGGGAUGAAUAUGAACUUCAUGUUGUAUCUGGUCAAGGUGUUUCACUUGGAUCAAGUCUCUGCCAUUUACAUCAUCAACAUCUGGUCUGGUAUCACCAACUUCUCUCCCUUGCUUGGUGCCUUUAUCUGUGAUGCUUACCUUGGCAGGUUUCGCACUUUGGCCUUCGCCUCCUUCGCCUCUUUCCUGGGAUUGAUGGGUCUAACCCUGACGGCAGUGGUUCCAGCAUUGCAGCCACCAACAUGCUCCAAGAACCCAUGUUUGGGCCCCACAACAGGUCAGCUGGGCUUCCUAUUCGUGGCCUUGGGCUUUCAAACAAUAGGCGCGGCUGGAAUCAGGCCGGCCAGCUUACCCUUUGGGGUGGACCAGUUUGAUCCCACCACAGAAGAGGGAAAGAGAGGGAUUAAUAGCUUCUUCAACUGGUCCUACACUACACUUACUUUAGUCAUCCUAAUCUCAGUCACCCUAAUCGUCUACAUUCAAUCCAACGUUAGUUGGGCCUUGGGCCUGGGCCUCCCUACGGCUUUCAUGGGAUGCUCCAUCAUAUUGUUUUGGCUUGGCACACGGCUUUACGUCUACGUCCCACCGGAGGGGAGUGUCUUCUCCGGCAUCGUUCAAGUUUUUGUUGCUGGCUUCCAUAAACGUCAUCUUAAGCUGCCACCUGGGCUACCUCUCUAUGAUCCUCCCAUGAAAGGAAUCACUACCAUCUCAAAGCUUCCUCUCACACACCAGUUCAGAUUCCUGAACAAAGCUGCGAUAGUGGUAGAUGGAGAAAUAAAAGCAGAUGGAUCUCUUUUGAGUCCAUGGAGGCUUUGCAGCAUUCAACAGAUCGAAGAGGUUAAAUGCUUGAUUGGAAUCGUACCGAUAUGGGCUUCCAAUAUCAUUUGCUUCCUUUCCAUCACCCAACAAGGGACCUUCAUGCUUAGUCAAGCCUUGAAAAUGGAUCGCCACCUUGGACCCAAAUUCCAAAUCCCUCCAAGCUCCAUAGGCAUCGUAGCAAUGAUCACAUUGGGUAUAUGGGUUCCAAUCUAUGAUCGGAUAAUUGUUCCAUCACUUAGAAGAAUCACCAAACACGAAGGUGGCAUCACUCUUCUCCAAAGGAUCGGAAUUGGUAUGCUGCUCUCGAUCCUGUCCAUGGUGGUUGCUGGCAUUGUUGAGUGGAAGAGAAGGGCUUUGGCCAUCAAACACGCCCAGACAAUAUCGAUCUUUUGGCUCAUUCCUCAGCUUAUCCUUAUGGGCCUCUGUGAUUCCUUCAAUUUAAUAGGACAGAUGGAGUUUUAUUACAAGCAAUUCCCCGAACACAUGAAGAGCAUCUCCAAUUCACUCAUCUCAUGCACCAUGGCGGGGGCGAAUUACCUAAGCGCCUUGCUUGUGAUGAUUGUGCACCACAAAACUAGAAAGCACGGCCAUGAUUGGUUGGACAACGACAUCAAUGCUGGAAGGAUUGAUUACUUCUACUUCCUUAUAGCAGCUAUGGGUGUCUUCAAUUUCAUCUACUUUCUCAUAUGUGCACAUGGAUACCAUUAUAAGGGUAGUACUACUACUACUAGUAUGCAAGUUGCAGGAGAAGAUGGGCAUGUUGCUGAUAUUGAAUUAAACUCAGCCAAGCACUAGAGUUAUUAGAUUAGAUUAGAUUGAUAGGGGUAGUGUAGUAAGCUCCUCCUCUAAGCUAUAAUGUAUGUAAGAAUCAGAGUGAGAGAAGAGAAGAGAAAAAAAGAAAAGAGAAUCUUGGAAUAGUAGGCAUCUCUUGUCUCUUGUGCA